GGUGGCUAGACAAGUUGGAUAACAACUAGCUAGUUAUGUUGAUGUGGUUAACAUUCGUGUGUAUAUGUGUGUUAAUCCUGAUUUAUGUAGCUAGCUCACUACCCAGUGUUGUACCAGUAAAACCAGCGGAUUACCGAUGAUAUUAUGGAAACAUAACAUCGUUAAACAUUGGCUAGCUAGCUACUUAUUUCACAUAGCUAGUCUGUUUUCUGUUUAUGUCAGAUUGUCUUCAUCAACUCGUCAGAGCAAGAGAUCAUGCAUCAUCUUAGUUUUGCUAACGUUGUGUCGUGGUGUUCCGAUUUUAGUUAGUGGCAACGCCAGCUAUGAUGACAAUGUAGUAAGAUGUACAGCAAACUAACGUUAAAGUGCGUUUAAAUCGGUAGCUGAUGGUAGCCAACUAACCACUACGUUCUCUUGUUCAGCGUUAGCUAGUUAACGUUAGCUGUUGAUACGGAUCCGUUGGCUAGCUAGUUGGUGAGUCGUCGCUCCUAAGGUAGUGGUCAGUCCAAAGAAGAGUCGGUGCCAUGGCACAAUCUAUUUGUUUACUAUUUGCAGUUAGCCAGAUUUGUUUAGCUAACCUGAACGUCGCUGUACCACGGCUCAGUCUUUAUUAGUUAACGUUAGACAUUUAGGUAGCUAACUACGUAGCUAACUAUAGAACGAUCACACUUAGUCUGUGGCACAAGCCGUCGAAUGUGUACGGGGAUGCUUGAUUUUAGCUAUCGAUAAGUUUGUUUCCAAGCAAGAUAUGACAAGACUUUCGAUAUUUUUGCAUGCUAGCUGUCUCAGUCUGAUGAAAGAAAUUGAAUUUGUCUAAUGCGUUUAGCUUCCUACCCGCGAUUAAUAUUUAUCACAUUUGCACUGAAGCUAUUGCACAAGGUAACAUUAGCUAACCUUAGCCAGAAGUCAAAGUGACUUUCAUCCAGGAUCUGGAGGUUCUUUUGAAGAUUCCCAAUAAGAUAUGGGAGAACCCACAUCAUCAAUCUUUUCUUCCAUUGAGGAAGAGCUGAAUUACUGGAAGGAACAGGCUGCUGAACGUCAGCAGAGUGCGGAGGCAGCCCAGGAGGAGCUGCAGGAGUUCCAGCAGAUGAGUCGUGACUACGAGGCUGAGCUGGAGGCGGAGCUAAAGCAGUGUGAAUCUCGGAACCGAGAGCUGCUGUCCCAAAACAACCGCCUGCGCAUGGACCUGGAGACCUACAAGGAGAAACUUGAGAUCCAGCAUUCAGAAGCUUUCAGACAGAUCUCCACACUUGAGGGAGACUUGGCGGAGACCACCGCUGUCAAGGACCACCUUCAGAAGUACAUCAGAGAGCUGGAACAGUCCAACGACGACUUGGAGAGAGCCAAGAGGGCCACCAUCAUGUCCCUGGAGGACUUUGAGCAGAGAAUGAACCACGUGAUUGAGAGGAACGCCUUCCUGGAGAGCGAGCUGGACGAGAAGGAGAACCUGCUGGAGUCGGUGCAGAGGCUGAAGGACGAGGCCAGAGACCUGCGGCAGGAGCUGGCCGUGCAGCAGAAGCAGGAGCGCCGGCCGUCCCAGGGCCCGGCCAAGGAUGGCGAGAAGACCCCGUCCGGCCUCCCCUCCCUCCCGUCCACCCCCUCUGGACCACGCGGCACAAACGGCACAUUCUCCACCCCCCCGUCCUCCUACCGCCGAGGCGACGGUCUGACUGGAACUCCGCUCACUACAUCCGCCCGAAUCUCUGCCCUCAACAUCGUGGGAGAGCUGCUGAGGAAAGUGGGGAACCUGGAGUCAAAGCUGGCCUCCUGUCGAGAUUUUGUGUACGAUCAGUCGCCAGGCCGAACAGCCAUCACUGCUGCUCCAGGGGCACCCACUAUUCCACGAGACGGAUCUGAGAACCAUUCCAGCCUGUUUGAGAAAGGCUUGGCGAAGCGGUUGGAGUUUGCCCCGGCGUCUCCGAGCGUGGCCUCCUCGGCCAUGCAGCCCCCGCAGGGAGUGGUAAAGAUCCUGCUGUGAGACCCCGCUCACAUCGCCCUCCACAGGCUCGCUCGACCCGGCAUCGCUAGAAGAUGUUAAUGCUGCAUUCUUUCCUCCAAUGCUCCAAAAUUCCUUUGCUUUUACCAAGGCCUCUGUACGCUGGCAUAGUUCCUCUUCCCAGACUCCUGCAGGCCUCGUUCGGACAGUCCACAAACCACUUAAUAGACUUUGCUGCUGAAAACCACUUAAAUAAACAGAGAUGCUUUGAAGUUUGGCAUUCUGUGGGAAGGAAUGAAAAAGCUAACAUUUCCUUGCCCUGCCUGCAAUAAUCCGUAAUUGUCGCCUCCUCCUAAUGCCAGCUUGUCCUUCUUUGUGGGGAUUAACCGUAGUGAGGAAGUGGAGCCUGUCGGUAGUUAUCAGUUAGCCGCUGCUGCCUUUUACAAUGCAUUGGAAGGCACCAUCCCUUUUACCUUUUGAGUCGUAUUCUCUGUGGGGUCUGGCCUGAAUGCUUUCGACCUAACAGUGCACUCUCUCUCUGUCUCUGUGAACUGUCUUCAGCGUGGUGAAUGAGAGAAGCAGGAAGUUCUCUCUCGAGUCUCUUGCCGAGAGCAGCGUUAAAUGUGUGUGUGUGAGUGAGUGUGUCCAUGUGUGAGACUAACAAUGCACAACCAAUGGGAACAGUCCUUCUUUUGCUGAACUUUGAUCGGUGUGGCUCAGCCUAUACACUAAAGCACUGUGAAAAACAGAAAAAUAGAGUUGUAUUUUAUUUAAUGUUUUAUUUCUACUUUUAUUUUUUUUUUACAAAACCAAAUUUGCAGAAAUGGGGGGAAAAAAUGAUACCAAGAAGUGGAAGUUCAUCCUGUGUGCACUCUCACCAGGGAUGUUUAAGCUAUUUUGAAAACUUGGUGGUCUUAAUUUUUGCUGCAACUUACGAAAUAUUGAGUCCAUGAUGGUAGCAAAUGAGAAUGAGAGAGUUCUCUGUUGACCUCCCUGGUUUAGGACAGGCUUUUAAUCUUUUAUAGUUUUUUUUAAAUUUCAGUUUUAAAAGGAGGGGUAUGAAGCUUCUUCAUACAUUCAAAGCUGUUGCUCAGUGUUCACAACAGCAUUGGGCUUUGCACAAAACAACUUUAAUACCUGAGUAUGUAAUGUAUUUUGACUGCGCUCAAUACAUGCCCAUGGUGUGAUUACCCUCCCCAUUUAUUAUCUCUUCCCUUACAAAGCUGAAAGGACAUGUACAGCAGUAUUUAUGUUUUCCCCCCAGGCAUUGGUGAAAAUUACUCUACACUGACACCCAGUGGAACAAAAAGGAAUAUACCUAAUCAGCACCAAUAUUGACUAUGAAAAGCUCAUCCAAUGCUUAAAAGGAUAGUUUGGAAUUUUUGAUAUCUAGCCCUAUUUGCUCCACAGUUCACAGUGCACCUUCGGCAAAGACAAUCCCAUGGCACAGUCUAUAAUAACAAUUUAGAGCUGUUAUUUCAUAAUGUUGAAGUCAAAUUACCACUAAAAUCUGUUGCUUUAUAAUACUGUGCAGAAGUUGCUGCGUGCAGCGAGUGAUACUCGCCAUACAGUUUCAGAUUUAGUGGUAAUUUGACUUCAACAUUAUGAAAUAAUAGCUUGAAAUGGUGAUUAUAGACAGCAGAGGGUGCACUGUGGAGUGCGUGUAACUGAUUUUGGUGCUGCAUGAAGGUUCCCCCGUCACUUCCGUUGUAGCUUGCGGCUCACUAGCAGGAGCUCCAUGUCCGGUGUGAUGGUGAAGCCCUGAUUGACAUGAAAUGUUCUCUUUGGCAGUAACAUCAUGGGUGAGUCAAAAAAUGAGAUGGAGAUAAAAAUUUCCAAACUAUUCCUUUAAUUAAGGAUCUAGACUUUUGAGUGUAUGCAUUGGCUGGUCACAAUAUUGCAGCCAGACUGGACAUUAAUGACCAGUAGGGUUGCAUAUAUGCCAAAGAACUGGACAUAUUUCAGAACAUGAGCGGUUGUGUGGUGUAACCAGGAUGAAACUUGGUUUUGCACAUUUAUUUGAUCCUUAGUACCUGUCUCAUAAGAUUUGGUUUGUGGGAUGAUGUAUAUUUGAGCAGAAGUGUUGCUAAAACACACAAAUAGAAAGGUUGUUUUUCAUUUUUUGAAUGGUUUUGUAGGUGUAAGAUAUCACCAGUGGAGAGUAUGAUUAGCAAAUUGUCAACAUGUUUUCAAAGGUUUUUAUGUGCGUUUUGCAUCCAGUGACUUUAAUAAUACUGUUCUGAAGCAGAAACUACUGAAGUAGUUUUCUUGUCCUAUGUGUAAAGACUGAAUAGGCCACAUCUAAAAUAUAAUUUACACGAUUAACUAUAAAGAAUAGCACACAAUGAUUAGACAGAGCCUGUUUCCUUAAUAUCAAGCCUUUUUGUUAUAUAUGUGUGUGUGUGUUUGUGUCUGUGUGUGUGUGUGUGUGUGUGUCUGUAGCACCAUUGGAUCUUGAAGGCACAUUUCCUUUCAAGUCUAGGGUUUACCGGAGAUUUGUGGUGCAUGUUUUGGAAACUACUGAUUUUCUUUUUUGUGGGAGGCAUUGGAAAGAGAAGUUGUGAUGUUUUCUGAAGCUAGGGUAUACUAACACACUGUUGUUGAAUGUAUAGAGAUUUGUUUAGGCUUCCCUUCCUGAGUUUGGAGCACUGCAGAAUAUUUGAUAUAGCACCUGCUGUCUGGCUUAUCAGAUGGGUGAAACAUGAAUGUCAGGAGAUCAGGAGGCGUAGUUUUAGCAACCAAACUUUAGUGAUACAUUUUAGAAAAUCCAUUUCAGGGCCGGAACAGUUUUUCUCUCCCAGAAAAGAUUAACCAUUUCAUAUUUUUAAAAUAAGGACAUUUGUAUACUUCAGUGAAGGAUAAAAUGCAUUUUAUGUUAAAAAUGGAGAAUGAUUAGUAAGGUACAUUAAGGUGCAUUAGUUGUUACUGUCCUUUUAGGAUACUGAUAAAAAAAUGGGAGGUAUGUUGGUGGAAUUGGCUGUACAGGCCUGCUUGUUCCAGACUACAGCUCAGGGGCAGAUGUGAUCUUUGCACUGUUAGCAAAAUACGCAAAUAAACAUCACAAUACUACAAGUACUAACUGGGGCAGGGCUAUUUUUCUAUGGAUUAUGCUGUUACUAGGAGGGCAGCAGCUCAUAAUAUGACUUGUUAUAUGCCUCAAAAAGAGUGUGGGAGAUCUGUGUGUUUGUGAGUGUGGUAUCCACACCACAACAUUUGUAAUCUGAGUUUUCUUGUACGGACCUGAGGUAUGUUAAAAUAGCUAAGGUAGUUUGGGUCGCAAAAUUUUUUUUGUAUCCAAAUGUGUACAUUAAAAACAUUCUUAAAUGUG